CACGCGUAGAGAACACAGUGUUCGUAUUUUGAAUGAAAUAAUGCGGAAGUAUUAAUCUUCUUAUUCGAGAGAACAACUUUCCGAUAAAAUUACAAGUUUUGUAUGCGACGGAGAUACGCGGAGAAAGCGGGAAAUUCCAGAGUCAUUGACAGCAUCUAAAGUACAAUCAUGAGCCAAACGAAAUAUUUACGAACAUUUUUAUCAAUUUUAUUGAUGUCAUCGGCAGUAAUCAUCAUCGAAAUUUCGGCCGAGUCUUCUUUUACGACAUCAACAAACGAGACGAAUGUACUUGAAAGUCGUAGAAUAGGACCUUGGAGCGAAAUUUUAGAAGAUUGGAUUGUCACUACCGCGAAUUCUGGCAUGUCAAGAAUAUCGAAGGUAAUGAAAUUAGAUGACAAAGUAUUAACAGUAUCGACCAAGGGAACACAGAAUAAGAGAGACGUUUCUGAAACAGACAUUUAUUUACUCGGUGCGAUCGAGAAACUUGUAUAUAGAGUGGAUUACGUAGAAAAACGUCUUAGAAGAGCCGAAGAACUUUUGUAUUAUGUUAUUUCUGGAUCUACCGCUAACAAAGAUUCCUGUCCAUCGAACUACACGAGCAUCGGUCAGUAUUGCUAUUAUUUUAGUGAUCGUGAAUACGAUUGGAAGUCAUCCGCUAGUCUUUGCCGAGGUAUGGGAGGACAUUUGGUCGAAUUCGAAACCAUUGUUGAAAAUCAGGAUGUAAUUUCGUAUCUUCAAGGAAAUACGAAGCUCAAAGGCAAAAACUUUUGGACAGGUGGUUUGAAUCCUGGUCUUUUAUGGAUCUGGGCCGGAAGUGCCAGACCUAUUCAUAAUGAUACGAAACAGGCUGUCGUUGGGAACGGCAGGUGUCUAAAAUUGUUCUACGAUCUAUCUUCGAAGAUUUAUUCUUACAAGGGUGAGGAAUGUGCGUCAAGGCAGAAAUUCAUUUGCGAAUUAACCACAGACGAUGAGUCAGCGAAUAAAAUCGAGAGAACAGUACGGAUGUUAUCCGAUACAAUUAGCUGAGUUCAAGGAUUUUUGUAGGAUUGUUUAAUUAUUUACAAUACACGUCAUGUUCGUUUUCCGAGAAUUUUUUUUUUAUAUAUCGCGUGUGGUGUAAUCAGUCUCUUCGAUCAAUAUAAACUAUCGUUACGAGCGCAGUUGAACUCGUAGCUCGAGACUGUUUCAUGCACCAAGUUGUUAAUAACAUUUUAUUCAUUUAAUUUGGAUACCCUGAAAGAUAUUGACAUUGUCGAAUUUAACUUUCAAGGCUCCUAAGUUGUUAACAAUUUUUUAGGUCUCCAUUAAAAUAAAUCAAUUAUACACCAAUA